AUGGAGGCGGUAGCUACCGAACCUGUUACUUCUAUCCCAACCAUAACCGACGACGAAUCUCGUCAACCUGCGAAGCCGUCGACACAAGAGAGCCUUGACUUUAAACUGUCGUCCGAGAAGCCGAGAAGCAAAGUUGAGCGGGCCUGUCUUGUGUCAGGGUACCUGUUGGUGAUCUCUCUUGGCGCGGUAGUUCUGGUGGUCUACUACGGCUUCUUUUGGGGAGGAGAUGCCGGGCUGUUCCCGCCAAGCGGCGGCGGCGUGAACGCUACUUCUGCGGGGUCUAGCGGUGGAGGGGGCGGUGGUCUUGGGGGCGACGGCGGAGGGGGCAACGGUGGAGGGAGCGACGGUGGAGGUGGGGACGGUGCACGUGGAGGGAGCGACGGUGGAGGGGGCGACGGUGGAGGGAGCGACGGGGGAGAGAGUGACGGUGGUGGCGGGGACGGUGGUGAUGGAGGCGGGGAAGGAGGGACGGCAACAGCCGCCUCAACCAGUACAGCCCCUGCAAGCACAGCGGAGCAAGUAACAGUCGCCCAACUUCCUUAG